AUGACGUGGGAACUCAGCCAGCGGCGGUUUGUCCGCUCCAUUAACUCCAAGUACAUCUACGGUCGCAUUCCUCUCUUGCACACCAUCAUCUUCUUGAUCGAAAUGGCUUUCAUUGCAAGACUUACAGCUCGGUUCAACUCGUACUAUGACGAGCGACCACUCAUGACCAUGAUGGUCACAAACGCCAUCCUCGGAGGCGUCGCCGACACAGUCGCCCAGUCCAUCACUGCCAUCCGCGAACGAGCCCUCCGCCAACCCGGCGGUCUCAAGAAGAACGACGGUAUCGCCAUCGAGAUCCACGAGCUCGACCGCAAGAACCCUUUCUACGAGCGCGACCUGAUCCCCGAAUCAAUCGGCCUGCCUCCUCCCUUUGACUUCGAGCGUCUGACACGUUUCAUGGCCUACGGUUUCUGCAUGGCCCCCGUGCAGUUCAAGUGGUUUCGAUUCCUCGAGCGAAUCUUCCCCGUUACCAAGACGAGUGCCUUUGUCCCCGCCAUGAAGCGCGUUGCUUUCGACCAGCUUAUUUUUGCGCCUUUCGGUCUGGCCGUCUUUUACACCACCAUGACUAUUGCCGAGGGCGGUGGUCGUCGUGCUGUUUCCAACAAGCUUAGGGAUAUGUACAUCCCUACGCUCAAGGCCAACUAUGUUGUGUGGCCUGCUGUGCAGAUUGUCAACUUCCGUUUGAUGCCUGUUCAAUACCAGCUGCCUUUCGUGUCCACAAUCGGUAUUGCUUGGACAGCAUACCUGUCCCUGACCAACUCGGCCUCUGAAUAA